CUGGUAAAAAAUAUAAAAUGUUUAGAAUCUUGCAAAAAAAAAUUGUUGUAAGUUUACAAUAUUAUCGAUAUUGUCAUCAACUAUCAAAUGGAACGUUAAAAAUUCAAGAAUUAUCAAAUCGAGGUGCAUUAAAAGUCAAAGGUCCUGAGGCUCAAAGUUUUCUUCAAGGUUUAAUCACAAAUGAUAUCGCUCACUUAAAAGAUUCCACAUCAUCGAUGUACACGAUGUUUUUAAACACAAAAGGUCGAGUUCUAGCUGAUUCAAUUAUUUAUCGGGCUCCCGAAGAACAUACAUACUUGAUCGAAAUCGAUUCUUUGUUAGUGCCAAUCUUAGAAAAACAUUUAUCUACAUAUAUAUUACGUAAAAAACUUGAAAUUACGAACUUAGAAUUAAUUUUACGAUUGUGGGUCUUAUUUGAUACACAAAGUCCCAAACGUACGGAAGUACAUCCAAAAAUUAAAGAAAUUUUAGCUCGUAAAAAUUCCAGGUCAAAUACCGACCAAGAUGUACUUUAUAUUUAUAAAGAUCCAAGAUCUUGGCGUUUAGGAGCACGUUUAUUAGCUUCAACCGAUUUAAAAGUUGAUACAAUCCAGGAUAAAUUAAAUAUUUGCAAUGAUAUCGAUGAAACUGAUAGUCCUCAUCAAUUAUUACGUUAUAAAUUGGGGAUUGGUGAAGGUUCGUUAGAAUUACCACCGGGAAAAUGUUUUCCAUUGGAAGCGAAUUGCGAUUACUUACAUGGAAUUAGUUUUCAAAAAGGUUGUUACUUAGGACAAGAGUUAACAGCUCGAACUUAUCAUACGGGUGUUAUUCGAAAACGUUUAAUGCCGUUAAUAUUUAACGAGAAUACCGAAAAUAAACUCGGUAACGAUGAAACGAUUUAUAUUCGUGAUAAUAAAACGAAUGUUGGAAAAUUACGUGGCGCUUGUGAGAAAUAUGGGCUUGGAUUAUUACGGAUUGACAAUGCAUUGAAACAUAAUGAUUUUACGAUUGGGGAAUGUCAAGCGAAGACAGAAAGGCCUUCUUGGUGGCCAUUAGAAGCGUCUAAGGUUGCAGCUAAAGAAGCUAAGAGUGGAGAUGUCAUUGAAAAUGAGAAUAGAAGCACUGAAACUGUUGGUGAAACUAAAACAAGUCAAACUGAUGAAGUAGCAAAAGAUGCUGUGACGAGAACAUCGUGAAUAUUUUGUU